AUGAAAGAUAUUCAACGAGAUGAUAGUGAAUUCAAACCGGGUUCGCCACCACUGGCCACAACAUUAGACGCGAUCCUCCGCGAAUAUAGGUUUCCAGCGUAUACAGAUGCUCUUUCGCAGCAAAAAUGGUCUCUUCACUCAGAGUCUGCACUCUCUAACACAUUGGAAAAUCAAGAGAAUGCAGUUUACCAAAAUGAUAGCGAUCCCCUUUGGACUCCUGUUGACCAGCCCCAUGAUAAAUCUGAAAUGUCUUGGUGGCAGCAUCAACAACGUUUUUCAAAAAAACCGAGCGUUCUCACUACAAGCGCUCAAUUCAAGAAAGGCUUCGCCCAUCACUUACAACAGUCAUCGGAUGCUGUCGCUCAAAGUCCCGCGGUGAUGUCAAGUCGAGCCAAUAGCUUGUUUUCAGUAAUGACGGAAAGCAGCAAAAGCGAUCAUUCUUCUCCCACAACUCAUAAACCGACACACAGACGCAGCAGCGCCAUUUCUUUAGACAAAGACUGUAUCAGGAGAUCUGGUAUUUUCAAAAAUCCCAGCAGACCAUUGGAAUGGAGAUCAGAUAGAACCACCAAUGUGCCACAUCGAAGAAGUGGCUCUUCCUUCUCAGAGGCGUUUAAAAUCAUCACUCCAUCUUCGGAACAACUUAGAAGAAGCUCAGAACCUCACUUUUUAACCGACUUUGAACAAUCUCGGUGUGCUAAUUACAGUUCAGCUCAGGCUCACGCAAAUAUGUCGGAAACCACCAAGGCCUCUCACCCCACCAUAAGUUAUGACUUUUUUGAGCCAUUCAGCUUCACAGAACAGUCGAAUUUGCAGAGAUCAACACCAAAGGAGGGUCAAAACUUUCAAAGUCUCUUACCUCCCAUCGAAUUUUCAGAUUUAUGCUCGCAUGAAGAUGAUGAACUCCCGAAGAAAGAUGACAAUGAACUUCUGUCAUUGAAAGAGUUCCUGGAAAGCACUCAAUAG